GCUGUUCAUCCUCCCGGCACGAUUCGCUCGUAGCAGACCUCUCGGCAGCAGCACAAGAAGAAGAAGAAGCAGAACUAGCCAUGGGUAAGGUUCACGGUUCAUUAGCUCGUGCCGGUAAGGUGAGAGGUCAAACUCCGAAGGUGGCAAAGCAGGAUAAGAAGAAGAAGCCCCGUGGCCGCGCCCACAAGCGGAUGCAAUACAACCGCCGCUUCGUCACCGCCGUUGUUGGCUUUGGAAAGAAGAGGGGGCCAAACUCAUCAGAGAAGUAAACAUGAGGAUUGAGGCAGAGUAGUUUUAGUAGGUCGAAUUCUGUUUUCGGCUUCCCGGGUUUUGUUCUUUUGAUAAUGUUAUAAUACUGAGUUACGGACUUUAGUCUACUUACUCUCAAAGGCUUCGUUUUUGCUCAAUGUCCAAUUCUGGGUUUAUCAUUGUAAAAGCAGGUUUGUUAAAACGUCUUAACAUGAGAUUGAAGGAAGGUUAACUUGGUUAAUAUGUGAUUGGUUAUCAUUGUAUUGUUGUAGCAUAAGUGAAUGGGGCGCUUAAAUUCGCUUU